AUGGCAAUUUCACUUGACGGAUGUAAUUGCAAUUGUAUUAAAUGUUCAUGUAAUGAUCUUUUACAAGGAUUAAUUGAAACUGAAAAUAAAUCCACAACAUGUUGUUCUUCACCAAUCAUUGGACAACAACAAAAACCAAACGAAAGUAAUGGUUGUAAAUGUGAAAGUGGAAGUUGUGGAGAUAGUGGUGUUGAAAGUGAUGGACAACAACAACAACAAUCUACAGUUGAAAGAAAAUGUUGUCCAAUUUCAGGAUUAAUUGAAAAUACAUUUUUCAGAUUCUACAUUCCACAAUUAAAAGGUAAUGAAGAAUUGGUUGAAACUAUUAAACAAACAUUACAAGAGAUUUCAACCGAUGUUAUCUAUGUAAACAUUGAUUAUACCAAUCAAAUAGUUCAAGUUGAAUGUAGUGUCGAUCGUUAUUUAUUUAAAAUUUUAAAACAAUUUAAAUCUUUAAAUUUAGAAGUUGCUGCAAUUCAAUCAAAAGAAUGUCCAGAAUUAAUGGAAUCAAUGGAAAAUACACCAUUAUUAAAUGAUGGUAGUAUAUUACAAUCACCAAUUAAUAAUAAUAAUAAUAAUAAUAAUAAUAAUGAUGGUGAUUAUAAUAGUAGAGAAAGAGUAUUUGAAAUUAAAGGUAUGAAAUGUGAAGUUGGUUGUGCCAAUAGAAUUGAAGCAACAUUAUUACAAAAUAAAAAUAUUCAUUCAGUUAAAAUCAAUUUUAAAACCAAACAAUUAUUCGUUAUUGCAAGUGUAAAUGAUAGAACCAUUAGAAAAACAAUUGAAAAAUUGGGUUUUAAAUGUCAAAAACAAAAGCAACAACAACAACAAACAUCAACAGUUACUUCACCAUUAUUAUUAGAUUAUUCAAAUUCAUCAUCUUCAUCAUCAUUAAAUGAUAUUAGUAGUAUUACUAAAUCUCCAUUUGAACCAAUUUCAUCAUCAGAUGAAGAAGUUGUUGAAAUUAAUAAUAAUAAUAAAUAUAAUAAUUCAACAUCAAUUGAAAUGGAAUCAAUUGAUAUUAAAAUUGAUAAUAAUAAUAAUAAUAAUAAAUUAGAAUUAAUUGAAAUAAUAUCAAUUGGUGUAUUUGGUAUGACAUGUGCAUCAUGUGUUGGUAUGGUCGAACAUAGUAUUAAAAGUGUUGAUGGUGUAAUUGAAUGUAAUGUUAAUUUAUUGGCCGAAAGAGCUGAAAUUAAAUAUAAUUCAUCGAUUUGUAAAGAUGUUAAAGAAAUUCAAGAAUCAAUUGAAAUAUUAGGAUUUGAAACUAAAUUAAUUCAACAAUCAAAAGCUGGUACUUUUCAUUUAAAACUUUUAAAUUAUCAAGAAAAACAAUCCAAUAAACUAAAUGAUGAACAACCAUUAUUAUUAUUUGAUGAUUUAAAAAUUAAAUUUCAAGGUAUUUCAAAUUUAGAAAUUAUUAAACAACACUCAUCAUCAUCAUCACAAAAGAAAAAUAAAAAAAAUAAAAAUAGUGGUGAUCAAAUUGUUUUAUUAAAAGUUGAUGGUGAUUCAUAUCAAAUCGGAGCAAGAGUUAUAAUGAAAUCAUUGAAAUUAGAUUAUGAUAUUGAUAGUGAAUUAUUUAAUCCAGAGACUGAUGAUAUUAAGAAUUCGUUAAUGAGAAAGAGAGAAAUUAAGAAAUGGAAACAUUUAUUCAUAUUUUCAAUAUCAUGGACAUUGCCAUUGAUUAUUAUUGCAAUGAUAUUGGUACCGAUAAAGAGUAUUAAAUUCUUACAUUAUCAAUUAGCUGAUGGGUUCCCAGUUGAAGCAUUGAUAGGUUUCAUUUUAGCAACCCCUGUCCAAUUUAUAAGUGGUGCUACAUUUUAUAAAGUUUCAUAUGCUGCCGUUAAAAAUUUACAUGGUAAUAUGGAUUUAUUAGUUGCAGUUGGUUCAACAUGUGCCUAUGUUUAUUCAGUAAUUUCAAUUAUCAUUGGUAUAGUAAACCCAAUGUAUGAAGCAAUGCAUUUCUUUGAAACUUCUGCAAGUUUAAUUACAUUCAUUAUUCUUGGUAGAUGGUUAGAAAAUAUUGCAAAGGGUCAUACUUCAUCAGCAAUUGUAAAAUUAAUGAAUUUACAAUCAAAAGAAACCACAUUAGUUACAUUAAGAAAUCAAGAUAAUUACAAUGGCUCAUCAACUGCACCAAUUAUAAUUGAAUCUGAAGAAAUUAUACAAUCAUCAUUAAUUUCAUAUGGUGAUUUAUUAAAAGUUAUACCAGGUCAAUCAAUUCCAACUGAUGGUAUUGUUAUUAAUGGUUCAUCAUCAUGUGAUGAAAGUAUGAUCACUGGUGAGAGUAUACCAGUAUUGAAGAAAGUUAAUGAUUCAGUUACUGGUGGUACAUUGAAUUUGGAUGGUGUUUUAAUUAUUAAGGCAAAUAAAAUCGGUAGUGAGAAUACAUUAUCACAAAUCAUUGGGUUAGUUCAACAAGCUCAAACUUCAAAAGCACCAAUUCAACAAUUAGCAGAUACAAUCUCAAAAUAUUUCGUACCAAUCAUUCUAUUAUUAGGUUUAAUUACAUUUGGUAUUUGGAUAGCUGUAACCGAGACAAAUUCAGUAUCUGCUGAAUGGAGACAUAAUACAUCACCAUUCCUAUACUCAUUCUUAACUGCAAUCUCUGUAAUUGUAAUUGCAUGUCCAUGUGCAUUAGGUUUAGCAACCCCAACUGCUGUUAUGGUUGGUACUGGUGUUGGUGCUUCAAUUGGUAUAUUAAUUAAAGGUGGUAAACCAUUAGAAACUGCUCAUAAAGCAACUGCAAUUUUAUUUGAUAAAACUGGUACAAUUACAACUGGUAAAAUGAAUGUAACUGAUUAUCGUGUAAACCAUCAAUCAAACAACAACGAUAACAACAACAACAACAACUCUGCUCCAAAAGAAGAAGAAGAUAAAUUAUUUUUUAAAAUUGUUGGUGCAGCUGAAAGUGGUUCAGAACAUCCAAUUGGUAAAGCAAUUGUACAAUUUUGCAAACAAACUUUAACCACCAAAGGUGCAGAUCCAAUUGGUUCGCCAAUGAUUCAAGAUUAUCAAUUCCCACCAGUUUCAGAUUUUAAAGGUAUUGCUGGUAGAGGUUUAUCAUGUAUUGUAGAUUCAUUAAUUCAAUGUAAAAUUGGUAAUUUAUCAUUUAUGAAAGAUAAUUCAAUUAAUGUACCAAUUGAAUUCGUUGAAUUAGCUCAAUCAUGGGAAACAAAUGGUAAAACUGUAAUUUAUGUUUCAUAUGGUGAUAGCAAUGAUGACAAUGAUACCACUAGUACCACCACUAUUUUAUUUAAAGGUAUAAUGUCAAUUUCAGAUAUACCAAGAGAUGAUUCAAAAAGAGCAAUAAAGAAAUUAAAAUCAAUGGGAUUAAAAUGUUACAUGGUAACAGGUGAUAAUAAAAGAGCAGCUAAAUUCAUUGCAAAUCAAGUUGGCAUUGAUGAAGAUCAUAUCUAUUCAGAGGUUAUACCAAAAGAGAAAGCAGAGAAAGUUUCAGAUUUACAAGCUAGUGGUAAUGUAGUUUGUUUCGUUGGUGAUGGUGUUAAUGAUUCACCUGCAUUGUCACAAGCUGAUGUUGGUAUUUCAGUUGCAACUGGUACUGAUAUCGCUAUUGAAUCAUCUUCAAUCGUUUUAUUGAAAAAUUCACUCACUGAUGUUUAUCGUUCAAUUCAUUUAUCGAGAGUAGUUUUCCGUAGAAUUAAAAUUAAUUUCACAUUAGCUUUAAUCUAUAAUCUUUGUGCUGUUCCACUAGCCGCUGGUUUAUUUAGAGUAAUCUUUGGUGUGUCUUUACCACCAAUGGCUGCUGCUGCUGCAAUGGUAGUUUCUUCAUUAUCAGUUUUAUCUUCUUCAUUAUUAUUAAAACUUUAUUCUUCACCAAAUUAA